AUGUUCUGGCGUUUCGGCGGCUAUGCCAACAUCUCCUCAAUCGACUCCAUCCUCGAGAAGCCCAAUGUCUCGCUUGAAGAGCUGCUCGACGAGAGCGACCUGAUCCAGGAGCUCAAGCAGAACAACUCCAAACUCAUCGAGUUCCUUAGGGAGGAAAACACCCUUCAGACCUUGUUGGAAUACGUCGUUGCCGACAAGCCUCCGCGCUCCGAUAAGGCUUCGGUCAAGGAUGAAGAGCCCGAUCGAUCCUCUCCCAUCAGCUUCUUCAAGAAGUCUGCCUCGCGCUCGCGUUCAAAGUCUGUCAACAAGUCCGAUGCCGGCGGCGAUACGAAUGAAGCCGCCGACGACGAAGACAAGGGUGAAGCCUUGCGCAAAAAAUACGCCUAUGUCGCGUGCGAGGUCCUUUCCUCGGACGUCUGGUCAAUCACAGAGGCCGUCCUGGAGUAUCAGAACUAUCUUCGCGACUUCUGGCACUAUGUCAGUCGUCCCGCUCCCCUCGACCCCUUGCAAGCUGGCUACUUCACAAAGGUCAACGAGUCUUUGCUGGACAAGAAGACGGAUGAAAUGCUAGCCUUCUUCAAAACCCUCGAUCACAUCGUUCCUGACAUGCUGCAACAUGUCGACUGUCCAAUGAUUAUGGAUCUCCUAUUGAAAAUCAUCAGUCUGGAAAAGGCUCCAGGAGGCCAAGGAAUCGUCGAUUGGCUACAAACACAGGAUCUCAUCCCUGUACUCUUGUCCUACCUUGGUCCUGACAACAGCGCUUCAACUCAGACAGCCGCGGGUGACUUCUUGAAGGCAAUAAUCACCAUUUCUGCGAAUGCUACCACCCAGGAUCAGACCGUCAUUGGCCCUAACGAAUUGACCCGACAGCUCGUUUCUGAUGAAUGCACCACCAUCCUGAUCAACAAUAUGCUCUCAGGAGGCAAUGCCCUGACCGUCGGAGUUGGAAUCAUCAUCGAAGUCAUCCGCAAGAACAACUCGGACUACGAUCUCGACAACCAAGUCGGUCCCGAGCCCAGAACAACCGACCCGAUUUACCUCGGCAGUCUGCUUCGCCAGUUUGCGACACAUGUCCCCGACUUUAUGCAUCUAAUUAGAAGUGCUGGAGCUAAAAAGCCUGGUCUCAAAACUGCAUUCGGCAAGGAGAUUCAGCCUCUAGGUUUUGACCGGUUCAAAACAUGCGAGCUCAUGGCUGAACUUUUGCACUGCAGUAACAUGGCUCUCCUGAACGAACGCGGAAGUGAUGCUCAGAUCAAGCACAGGGAUGAGGAGAGAGAAAAGCUCAAGCUUGAAGGACGUCUGACAGGGCAGCAGAUCGAAGGUUCUUCGUACGACGAGCACGAGCCCUUCGCAAGCAGUGUUGACAGCCACGGAUUCCACCACGCACAACGACCCGAGGACGACCUCAGCGGCUCGCCCGAAGAGAUCAAAAGACUUGAAGUGCAAAAUGCGUCCGAAGAAGAUGGCUUCGAGAAGGUCGCUGUUUCGGAAGCUGACGAGUUCAACGAAAUUGCGGGAGACGCAAGCUUGCCACCUCUAACAAAACAGGACGACCCUUCGAGUAUCCACCACGUCCCGAACGAGUCCUCUCAAGACGGUACGACCGUCCUUACAGAAGAAAUCAGCCAAUUACACAUCGACAGUCCUGAGCAAGAGGGCGAUGAACCUCAGUCUGAGGAAUCUGAGCUCAACUUUUCAUCAGAUCAGCCCAGGACCGCCCAAGAAGACGUCGACAUGCACCCCGAGGACAGGCCGGCACCUUUGUUCACUAGCCCCAGUAAGAACAGCCAGUCAGCGCCAAGCUCCAACGAAGAAGACCCUAGCCAUAGUACGGCGACGCUGCAGCCCGAUGCGCAUACCACCGAAGGCGACAACGGACUCUGGGAGGCCGACGUGGACGGUUCGCCCGUUGUUGGAGAUUUGCUGAAGAUCAUGUUCGUCGAGCAUCAAGUUGUCCCUACUAUCCUUGAUUUCUUCUUCCGCUUCCCCUGGAACAACUUCCUGCACAACGUGGUGUACGAUGUCGUACAGCAAGUCUUCAAUGGUAGCUUCGAGCGUGGCUACAACCGCACUCUUGCUAUCGACCUGUUCUGCCAUUCCAACUGCACCGACUUGGCUUCUCAGGCCGACGUUACCCAGCGUAUCUUGGAUGGACAAACCGCUUCCGAUAAUGCUCAGAAGGAGAAGGGCAUGCGCCUUGGUUACAUGGGACAUCUCACGUUGAUUGCCGAAGAAGUAUUGAAGUUGCAGGAUCGUCAGCCCCCGGAGGUACUUGGUGAACAGAUCAUGGAACGCAUCACCCGCGAUGAAUGGAUUCAAUAUCUGGAAACCACACUUUCCGAAACCAGAGAUCGCGAUAAUGCUGUUCUAGGUGGCGUCAAGCCUGACCAAGGAUUUGGUGCUCGACAAGUGGGCAUGGGUGCCAACAGCAUGCUCAGUCAGAGCAACUUUUCGGGCGGCAACAACUCGAGCGUCCUAUCCGUGCCAGCCGACAGUAUGGCGCUGCAAGAGCAAGGAGAUGCCAGCAAUUACGAUACAGGAUCCGCCGGCCUGCUCAGUGGCUUUGGCAACGGAGAUGACGACGAUGACGAUCUUGAGGAGUCGAUAAGCGGAGAGAAGAGGGAGAAGGCGGUCGACGAUGAUGAGCAGGUCGGUGAACUCUCGUUUGACGAUGUCGACAUCAACCACUUCCGAUAA